GCGCGCGCGCAGUCAGUUGGCCCGCGACACGCUCCGCGACAACAUGUCUCCCGUGUGGCUCGUGCUCGCGCUGCUCCCGAUGUUCGGGGGAGCCGAAAGAUUUAACUGUCGCACGCGCAUCCUCGGCGCUUACUACGCUGACGCCAAGUCCGGAUGUAAGGCCUUCCAUGUGUGCGUGAGAGUCGCAGGGGGGGGAAUCCGGGACUUCCGGUUCUACUGCCCCCCUGGUACGCUGUUCCACCAGGAGGCGCAGACGUGUACUGACUGGGGGGACGACGACCCCCUCGCCUGCCCAGCAGACAUCUACGACGGUCAGUUCGAUCUCUACAAGAUCGGAUCCGCCUAUGAUACCAAGAAAGUCACUUCUUCGAAUCGAGAAGAAGAAUCCGAGUUUGGUCUUCAGAAGGCCGAGACAGGCGACCGUCGGCUGCAGAACAACCUCAACUCCGGGGCAUCCGACCUCCGCACCGCUCACUCCUCCGACUUCUUCAGCGGACAACGCGACAGAGGCCGCGACGAGCCGCAGCAGCAGCAAUCUCCUGCUCCACAGCAACCCGCGUCCAAUGUUAGACAGUCAUUUAGGAGACCCACCACACAGCAACCCACAAAUCCCACCACUCAGUACACAUCACCCCAACCGACCUUCCCACCCCAACCUGUGAACCCAUCCAACUACGAGCAAGUCAAACGGAAGGUGACAAGGAAGCGCCCCAUCUACAGCUCGAGCACUCCCAGCAACGACUACGCUUUCAACACUUUCCAGCCCCAAAGUUCCUCGGAGCAGCAAAAACAUGACUUCAACCGCAAGCAACAAAGCUACGAGCAAACAAAACAGGACGCUCCUCGUAAGCAACAGAGUUAUCUACAGUCCAAACAGGAUGUUAGUCGUAAUGCACAAAAUUAUUUUAAACCACAGAAACAAGACUCUUUCCGUCAGCCGCAAGCUCACCCUGACCAGCAGAGACAAGAUUUUGACCGACAGCAGAAAUCUUUCGCUGAACCGCCGAAACAGGACUAUAACAGGCAGCCGCAGAACUACCCUGAGCAACCGAAGAAAGAUUUCAACCGACGCCCUCAAGCUAAUACUGAACAGUCCAAUCAGAAUGUCAAUAGGCAACCUGGUUUUGAAAAUAUACCGAAUCCUCCAAGUGUUAAGAAUCUACCACCACAGUAUCAAGACGAGUACGUAGAGGUGCCCCGAGUCAGCCCGAAGAAUACCAACAGGCACUACACCAGCAACCCGUCCUCUCCCUCACACUUCAGCUCAACGCCCGCACCGAACCAAGCGAAUAACCAAAAGGGUCUCGUGGAACUUUAUAACUACGACUCGCAGUCGACUCCAGGUAUCAAGCAAAAUGAAAAUAAGGCGUUCAAAUUGAGAAAUAGCUUUAAUGUGCAAUCUGGUCCGUCUAAAGAUGACAACCGCAACAGAAACUACUACAACGGUGGAAGCUCAACAGCCGCCGUGGAUUUCAACGGUCUACGAGGUACGAGCACUCCAAGCUACCUCAAUUUCAACAGCGUCUCCUACGAACCCGAGAAGAACAAUUUCCUCGAUUUCUCCACGCCUAAAACGAACUACUACUACACUACAACCACCACACCGUUCACGACUACAAUAUUCACUACGACGAGAUUCGAGCCGUUGAACGUGAAUACGAUAGCGUAUAAUACCAACAUCGGAUUCGAUACCCAAUCGCCGAGUUUCUCCGAGAGUAUAGAAGAUGACGGGCAAUACCGACCACCGCAGGGCGAGGACGACGGGCAGUACCGUCCGGAACUCUACGAGAGAGAGUCCGAGUUGCUCACCGGUGCCCACUCACUCAACAUAGCCGCCAGCAACAGACUUCCGGAGGAACAGAAGCAUAGAAAGAAUAAGGAAGAAAAAACCCUGUCCAAACAGUCCCGUCCUUUCAGACCAGUGCCGACUCCUUUCACAACAUCCACGACGCCGGCACCAGAAAACUAUCCGACCACACCCAGACAGCGUCAAGAACAAUCCACGCAAAGAACGUUUGACUAUUACCAAACUUACACGACCACCUCUCGUCCCUACGACGCGCCGUCAGCCCCUGAACAUCAUUCAGUUAAAACUCCUUCGGCUGCACCAAAAUUAAGCACAGAACCCGCUCCCAGACAAACGAGUCGACCGAUCAAUAGAGAAACGUACUCAACCUCUGCUCCCGUAAAUGUACCAAAAUCUACGAAGCGGCCGCACUUCGCUAACCCUCCUAAUAAGAAAGAGGAUUCCAGCUACGAUUAUGCCUACUACGACUCCGACCCGGGUUUCUCAGAGUACGACCAAAUAGAGGAGUUCGGUAGGACGAAAUCAAAAUUAUAAAGUUAAAAUCGCUUUGCGCUUUCAUUCACUGCCAUUACUUUAGUCGUUCAUAGAAUCUAGCUCCCUUUGAGACAAGGUUUAUUAAAUGUUUUUUAAAUUGACGAAUUCUUAGCCCGAAUCAAAAGUGUUCGGUAUCAGAUAGGAAAUGUUCUUUGAAUAAAAAAUUUGUUAUACUCUUUAACGAUUUCCGUAGGUUUAGAAGUUAGGUUAAUCGCCAGUGCUGUUUAUAUUAUAAGUUUUUAUAAUGUGACUGUUGUCUAAAUUGUGAUACGUUGUCUUUUUAUUUAAACUAACAAUAUUUCAUCCUAGAAUAGGAAUCAUCGAGACCACUCAUAAAUCAUUUUAGCCCUGUUGGUAUUAUCAUCCUAAGUUAAGUUUUUGUUUUAUUUAUGUCGUUUCCAACGGAUAUGUAUUGU